AAUACUUUCCUGUUAUUUCAGAUGAAGAUAGCUCUGGUGUUUCUCCUGUUGGUGGCUGUCCUUGUCAUCCAAGAUGCAGAUUCCUGGAGAAGGAGGAGGUGGAGGUUCAGGUUCAGAGCUCCCAGAAUACGCAUCAGGAAGAUAUUCCGCCCUGUGAAAAAAAUCAUAAAGAAGAUAAGACCAGUGCUGAAGAAAGUUGUCAAACCGAUCUUGAAAAAAUUCAAGGCAAUUGUCAAACCCCUUCUGAAGCCAUUACAGGCGAAGGUGUGUGCUACCUUACAACCCAUCCAGUGCCUAACCGGCCGAGACAUAUCGUGGCAGACGGAGCAUGUUGACAACUCCCCGGCCAAGAGAGAAGCAGUUGAAGGAAGAGGUGCUGAGACAGAUCUUGAGGAUGAUCAGUCGGACGUGAUGGUGAGGAGGGCACGGGAGAUGGAGGACUGGUUGGAGACGUACGACAAGGAGGGGCAGGUCUUGCAGGGUCUGAAUGACCUGGUGAAUACCAAGCGGGACGUGAGGGAACUUCACCAGGUCCUGCAGGAUCCUGCCAGGUCCAAGAGGCUGCUGAAGUACGUGAGCAAGGCGUUGUGUGGCCAAACCGGUGGAAGACAGGAGGGCGAGGAGGGUCAAGACCAAGAAGUGGAUCAAGAGGUCACCGUCCCUCAUACUGUCAUUGAGUACGUGACAGCAGCUCCUGCCAGCUCUGGAUAGACCUCAAGCAGGCUCCAUAUUAUCCACAGACCUACGCUGCCUAUGAUUGUCUGAAUAAAAGCAAGCAAUGCAAAAA